UUUUAAGUUUAUGAAGUGCUUUCGUUGCUGUUUCGUGUUGUCGGUGGUUGAUUUUAACAUUUGUGUUCACAUAAGACUAAGAUUGUGUGUUUGAGUGACCGCUGUUUCUGGACUCUCAGGAACCGUUCAGCUGAAUGAUUAGUUUGUCAUUUCCACACAGUGACAGAGUAAGUGCUGGAGAUCUCACUCUUCAUCAUGAAUCACACACAAACACCCCGAGAUCAGGAUUUCUCUCCAGGAUGCAGUUCAGUUUAUCAGAAGAAAUCAGAAGCAGAGCCCAGCUGUGUGUCUGUGAGGAGUGAUGAAUCUUUGCCUCAUCCAGUUAAUUUUAUGAAGACUGACGAGUCUAGAGGUCAUCCUCAAAAUCUCAGUUCAGUUCAUCAGAAGAGAUCAGAAGCAGAGCCCAGCUGUGUGUCUAUGAGGAGUGAUGCUUCUUUGCCUCGUCCAAUUAAUUUUAUGAAGACUGUCGAGUCUAUACGUCAUCCUCAAAAUCUCAGUUCAGUUCAUCAGAAGAGAUCAGAAGCAGAGCCCAGCUGUGUGUCUAUGAGGAGUGAUGCUUCUUUGCCUCGUCCAAUUAAUUUUAAGAGUGAUGACACAAGGUUUAACCUCAAUUCAGUUCAUCAGAAGAGAUCAGAAGCAGAGCCCAGCUGUGUGUCUAUGAGGAGUGAUGUUUCUUUGCCUUGUCCAAUUAAUUUUAUGAAGACUGACGAGUCUAGAGAUCAUCCUCAAAAUCUCAGUUCAGUUCAUCAGAAGAGAUCAGAAGCAGAGCCCAGCUGUGUGUCUAUGAGGAGUGAUGUUUCUUUGCCUUGUCCAAUUAAUUUUAAGAAUGAUGACACAAGGUUUAACCUCAACCAUGAAGUCCUCAACACGUUCAGAUCAAAUCUGAUGAAGAAGUUUGAGCGUCUGUAUGAGGGAACAGCGACGCAGAGAAACCCGACAUUCCUGAAUGAGAUCUACACAGAGCUCUACAUCACAGAGAGUGAGAGUGGAGAGAUCAGUAAUGAGCAUGAGGUGAGACAGAUUGAGACACAAUCCAGGAGACCAGCAACAGUGGACACAGCCAUCAAAUGCAGUGAUAUCUUUACACCUUUACCUGGACAAGACAGAGCCAUCAGAACUGUGCUGACAAAGGGAGUCGCUGGCAUUGGAAAAACAGUCUCUGUGCAGAAGUUCAUCCUGGACUGGGCUGAAGGGAAAGAGAAUCACGACGUCCAGCUCAUAUUUCCACUUCCUUUCAGAGAAAUCAAUCUGGUGAAGGACAAAACACUCAGUCUUUCAGAUCUUCUUCAUGUCUUUUUCCCUGAAACUAAAGAAAUGGAAAUAUCCAGUGAUAAAUAUAAAGUGUUGUUCAUCUUUGAUGGUCUGGAUGAGUGUCGUCUGUCUCUGGACUUUAAGAGUGAAGUGAAACUGUGUAAUAUAUCUGAAUCAGCCUCAGUGGACGUGCUGCUGAUGAACCUCAUUGUGGUACGAGGCUUCAAUGAGCCACAGAAGGAGGAAUACUUCAGGAAGAGAAUCAGUGAUCAGAGUCUGGCCGACAGGAUCAUCUCACACCUGAAGUCAUCAAGGAGCCUCUACAUCAUGUGCCACAUCCCAGUGUUCUGCUGGAUCUCAGCCGCUGUUCUGGAGAAGAUGUUGAGUCCAGCAGAGAGUGGAGAGAUUCCCAAGACUCUCACUCAAAUGUACACACACUUCCUGAUCCUUCAGAUCAGCAUCAAACAUGAGAAGGACUAUGAGAAGAAGGUGACAGAUGAAGAUAUGACCCUCAAACUGGGGAAAGUGGCUUUUCAGCAGCUUGUGAAAGGAAAUCUGAUCUUCUAUGAGGAAGACCUUAGAGAGUGUGGCAUUGAUGUCACAGAAGCAUCAGUGUACUCAGGAUUGUGCACUCAGAUCUUCAGAGAGGAGUUGGGCUUGUAUCAGGGGAAAGUCUUCUGCUUUGUUCAUCUGAGCAUUCAGGAACAUCUAGCAGCUCUAUAUGUGCACCUCUCCUGUACAAACCACAACAGAAAUGAGUUUGAGCCAAUCACCAAACAGAGUUUACGGUCUAAAGUGAAGAAACAGUUUCAAUUCAGUUCAUCAGAACAUGUUUCAUUAUCUGAGCUGCAUCAGAGAGCUGUGAAAGAGGCUCUGAAAUGGAGUAAAAAUGGACAUCUGGAUCUUUUCCUGCGGUUCCUUCUGGGUUUGUCAGUGGAGUCUCAUCAGAUUCUCCUCCAACGAAUAAUGAAGCUGAAAAGAAGCAGCUCUGACAGCAAUGAGAAAACAGUUGAGUACAUCAAGAAGAAGAUCAGGACCAUUGACUCUCCAGAGAAAUCCAUCAAUCUGUUCCACUGUCUGAAUGAACUGGGUGAUCGUUCACUAGUGGAGGAAAUACAACAGUAUCUGAAAUCUGGAAAUUUAAGUGAAGCCAAACUCUCUUCAUCUCAGUGGUCAGCUUUAGUUUUUGUGUUGUUGACAUCAGAAGAGGAACUGAAUGAGUUUUGUUUUGAUAAAUUUGUUAAAGGAAAGAAUAAUCCUGAAAAUAUGAAAGUUCUUCAGAAGUUGCUGCCUGUGAUUAAAGAAUCCAGAUCAGUUCAGUUGUAUGAUUGUGGCGUCACAGAUGAAGGUUGUGCUGCUCUGGCUUCAGCUCUGAGAUCAAACCCCUCACACCUGAGAGAACUGAAUCUGUCUCAGAAUAAACUAAGAGAUUCUAGUAUGAAGCUGCUCUCUGCUGUACUGGAGGAUCCUCACUGUAAACUGAAGACACUGUGGUUGAGUAAGUGUGGCGUCACAGAUGAAGGUUGUGCUGCUCUGACUUCAGCUCUGAGAUCAAACCCCUCACACCUGAGAGAACUGAAUCUGUCUGUGAAUAAACUAAGAGAUUCAGUGAAGCUGCUUUCUGAUGUACUUCAGGAUCCUCGCUGUAAACUGGAGACACUGAGGUUGAGUGGUUUUGGGUUAGCAGAUGAAGGUUGUGCUUCUCUGACUUCAGCUCUGAGAUCAAACCCCUCACACCUGAGACAACUGAGUCUGUCGUGGAAUAAACUAAGAGAUUCAGUGAAGCUGCUUUCUGAAGUACUACAGGAUCCUCACUGUAAACUGGAGACACUGUGGUUGAGAGAUUGUGGCAUCACAGAUGAAGGUUGUGCUGCUCUGACUUCAGCUCUGAGAUCAAACCCCUCACACCUGAGAGAACUGAAUCUGUCUGUGAAUAAACUAAGAGAUUCAGUGAAGCUGCUUUCUGAUGUACUUCAGGAUCCUCGCUGUAAACUGGAGACACUGUGGUUGAGUGAUUGUGGCGUCACAGAUGAAGAUUGUGCUGCUCUGGCUUCAGCUCUGAGAUCAAACCCCUCACACCUGAGAGAACUGAAUCUGUCUGGGAAUAAUCUAAGAGAUUCUAGUAGGAAGUUACUCUCUGAUCUGAAGGACGAUCCACAUUAUAAACUGGAGACAUUAUACUAUUGACUCUCAGUAUUUAGACGUCAGUUCAGUUUCCUCAGGAUCAGCUGAUGGUGAAUAAGAGCCGCUACAGAGACGUCACAGUCACACAAUCAACACAGACUG